AUGGCUGAAACCAGGUUGGACAGUCAAAUGGCCGAGCCUUCUGUUAUCGUGGCAAAGGCAAAAUUUAGUUUUGAAGGGAAAAACAAUGACGAAUUAUCUUUUUCGAAGAAUGACAUGAUAACUAUCACUCAACAAAUUGAAGGGGGAUGGUGGGAAGGGACGAUCAAUGGUAAAACAGGGUGGUUUCCAGCCAAUUAUGCCAGUAUCAUCACCGAAAAAGAUAAGCUAAUGCGCUCAAAAUCUGUACCAAAUGCUACUGCUCUAGCGAACGGCGUAAAUGCUGCAAAUGGAAUACCAGUUAGUGGAGAUGUGGUUAACUCCAAUACAUCCCGAACACAGUUUCGAGCGGAAAUAAUGCGUGAUUUCAUUCGAUCUGAAGAAGCGUACGUAGUUAGUGUACAAAAAACCCACGAAGAACUUUUGCUGCCUAUCAGAGCGGCAGGCAUUCUCUCUCCAGAGGAUUAUUCUGUUCUGUCUUGUUACAUCGAGGAUAUAGCUGCACUUCAAAGAGUUACCCUUUAUCGCUUAAAGGACGCUUUAAGUCUGGACGUCUCUCAACAAAGAAUCGGUGGUAUUCUGAUCUCGUGUGCCGCAGAACUCAAGCGAUUAUUAGUGGCCUAUUGUGAAAAUCAUCCAAAAGCAGUGGAAGUAUUGAACGAAAAAAUGGAUGCUGUAAGGAACGUGCUACUUGGACAUGGUAGAGACGUCCCUAGCUUGAUUGCUGGUCUGAGUGAACCCUUUCGUCAUCUCGAUAAGUAUCCCACAGUGUUGCAGGAGUUGGAGCGUAACAUGCCUGAAGGGCAUAUCGAUCGUGGGGAUGUUCAACGAUCAUGCGCAGUCUUUAAGGAGAUGAAGGUGGGUUGUGCUUUUCCGUUCAUGCACCAUUUUUUCAAAAUGUAUCUUGUUUUUCAGGCAUUGUGUGAAGCCGUUCGAAAGCAGAAAGAGCUUCAGCUUGAGCUUCUCUACACUGGGUUAGUAGAGAGUUGGGCUUCCUUCGAGCAACGAGGCCGCAUACUCUAUGUAGGCGUAGUCCCACUAACAUGCGAUGGUGUUUGUGAUGAUAGAUGCCUCGCGCUGUUUUCGAGAAUGCUUAUGGUUCUCGAAAUCACAUUGGAUAUUAAUUCAUAUAGAUUAAUGCGUAAAGUCUCCACAUAUAACUUGAAGGUUCGCUGUAUGGAGAACAGGGCUGGUCUCGUUGUCGGUGAUAUGGAGCUUUCUGUUUCGUCAGCGUUUGACUUAGAGCGAUGGCUUGAAGCUUUUGCGAGAUGUGAGGGCAUAGUGAUUGAGGAUUGUUCAGUAAUGACGCCGCCUGCGGUACCGCAAUCAUAUGCUGUUAGUAAUAUGCAUAUGCCUCCGUCCCGUAAAGCGGAUAUCUCGGACAUGCCUAUCGCAGAGCGAGCAGUUGUUGGUCGAAAAGCGUCCAUAGGAAACAAUGAACUCCGAUUGAACCACGAGUUGGAAAUGAUCCUGCCCGACGAUGCAGAUGAGUCAGGUCCUAAUGCUUCCAAUCAACGUCCCCUUAAUGAUCCCAUCAAGAAAAUGUGCUUCCGAGUGGUACCUCCUCAUCGUCAUGUAUUGGCGUGGAAUGCAACAUCGAAAAAGAACGUAAAAAUGAGAAAAGAAGUUAGUGUUGGUGAGCAACAUGAUGCGCAGCUAUUGCGUAUCAUUGAAGCAUACUGUAGUGGAGCUGCAAGAGGUGCUCCUGUCAUCACAGAUUGUCGACCGCCUCAGUUGAUCGUAGCUGAAGAUGAAAAAAUUCUUGUUGAAGAAGUUGUCGGUGAUGAGAUCAUCAUUCAGGAAAAGAGCUUGGUGGAUACUGUAUAUGCGUUGAAAGAUCAGGUGGCAGGUCUCCGUCAGGAACUUGCAGCUAUGAACCGUGCGUUGGAUCGAGAACAACGAGCUCGACGACGUUUGGAAGAGCUGGUUCGUCGUGGAAGCUUAAACGCAGCGUCACCGGUGUCGACCCCUAGACCAACCAUGGAGAUGAGCGUAUCCCAGUAA